ACCUGUACCAGAUUUGUCAUGCAACUGGUUCGGUCACUUCACCACAGACAACCGCUCUCUGCCUUGCCUCCUUUCGUACCGUCCUCGCCAUCGUCGACGACGACGGACAGUUUUUUACUCGAUUCUCUGACAGAGUCAUUAUGUCUGUGUUUCUACCAUUGCAGCGAGCACAGAAUGCAGCACGAUUUCUUUCGUCGCAGUUUGCUUCUUCAUCGUCUUCACGACUUAUCUAUCUCCCGAGUCAUCGACAUGCCAUGAUGUCCGCUCUUUCGCGUCCACCAAUUCCACCUCCACCUCCUUCUUCAAGUCGUUCCACAAGUCCGGCAUUAGGGGAGACCCCUCCUGUCGUUAUUCCGAAGAAAACACCAUCGCCGAAGGACCUAUCGGCUGACGCUGCCUCACCGCAAACCGCUGCACGACCCCCACCGGCGCCGAAGGUUGAACGACCAAAGCCCAAGCUGCGAGCGACCAAAGCGGCGAUAACGCUGACACCAGCAGCUGUUGAUCGGCUACGAGCUUUGAUGAAGUCACCGACACCCCAACAUCUGCGGAUAGGUGUUCGGAAUAAAGGGUGUGCUGGGAUGUCGUACCAUCUAGAGUAUGUGGACAAGCCGGGCAAGUUCGACGAAGUUGUGGAGCAGGAUGGUGUGAAGGUGCUCAUAGAUAGCAAGGCGCUCUUCUCGAUCAUUGGUAGCGAGAUGGAUUGGAAGGAGGAUGCCUUGAGCGCCAAGUUUGCGUUCAAUAACCCCAACGUGAAGGACGCGUGCGGCUGUGGGGAGUCUUUCACUGUUGGUUCAUGAUUCACGAUUAUCGGACGUUUUGAGUUGCGUGCAUUAUAUUGACUUAAUCUACAUCCCUCGUAUUGUUCACCCGUCAGCCUGUAUCCAUAUUUCUUCAGCCGAUACCAUUCAAUCUAGAGCAUUGCACCAGUAUAGGGACGUAACCGAUUCAGACUUCGCAGUGCAUCUGAUGGACUGCCUUUGAAUACACGGAAUCUGCAGAUGAAAGGGAAUCGCCAAGCCUGUUUUCGCGUCGCUUCUCCGGGACGGACCGGUCGACAUCGACAUCGAAAUACCCUUUCAAUACUGACAAAUCCGCUAAUGUUCUAUCCCAACAUUAUUCAUU